UUUCCUCCCCUCCUCUUUUUUGUUGGGCUUGUCAUUGCACUUCCUCUGUCUACUCAUAAAACCCUUCCUCUUUGUUUCACAACACGGUUCAUUUAGUUCAGCUCAGGAUCUCUCCUGCCGUCUCCAUGCAGCAGGUUAUCAGUGUCUGGGUGCGAGACCCGCGGAUACAAAAGAAUGACUUCUGGCAUGCCUACAUGGACUAUGAGAUUUGUUUACAUACCAACAGUGUGUUCUUCACCAAGAAGACUUCAAGAGUGAGGAGGAGAUUCAGUGAGUUUGUGUGGCUCAGACAGAAAUUACAGGAAAAUUCUCUCCUACUCUUACAGCUACCACACCUUCCACCCAAAAACCCCUUCUUCAGUCUGAACAACGCCCAGCAGGUUGCAGAUCGGAUGAAAGGACUCCAGAGGUUUUUGGAAAAAAUCCUCCAGAGCAAUCUGGUGUUAUCCGACAGCUGCCUGCAUCUUUUCCUUCAGUCCCAGCUGAGCAUUUCCAAAAUGGAGGCUUGUGUUGCCGGAAAGACCAGCUUCACCGUGGCCCAGGCUGUGCAGAGCUGCGGCCUGAGGAGAUUUCACUCAGAAGAGGACCUGCAGAGGGACCUCAGCGUGUUCUGUGACUCUGACUCAGAUAGCUCAGAGUGCAGAGAUCCAGGGCACAAGACAAGAGAGUUGACAUUAAACAAGUCAAGGAGUGCAGCUACCCUUGAUCUGAGGGGAACCUGCCAAGAGGAGAUGCUCAGCUGAUCGCCUGGUUCUGUAUGAAAACUGAAAACUACUGAAUGAAAGUUCGAGUCUAUUUACUUGAUUCAUGUUCAUCUUUCUGGAUGUGAAAUCACUUUAGGAAAAGCAACUUGUUACCUUUCCCUGAACCAUUUUCACGUUUGUGUAAUUUGCAUUGUCCUAAUUGGAAAGCCAGUUUCACAAAAUCAGUAAUUAUUUUAAUUUCAGCUUCCAUUUGUGUGCUGUGUAAAUAUGGCUUGAAAACAUAUUCACACCACUAGAACUUAUUCACAGUGUCUUAUAGUAUAACGUCAGACAUAACAAUUGUUAUGUUGCAGACCGACAAAAACUGAAAAAUGUGAGAUGAGUGAAGCGUGUGCUUAUAUUCAGCCACGUUUCCUCUGAUACCCCUUGAUUAUUUUUUACAGCAGGAUGAAGUCAUAAAACCACAUACAAAACAAAAUGCAUGGUGGAAAAAAGCAAACAAACACUAAAUAUAACAACAAACACAACAUCCUCAUCAUGAAAGAUGGUCAGAGUUGAAUGGAGAGAUGAAUGGCACUAAAUUCACAGCAAUACUGGAUGAAAAACUGGUAGAGGCUUGAGACUGAUGUAGAGGUUCACCUUACAGCAGGUCAUCAACCCUAAACAUACUGUAUACCCACAGCAUGUUCAUGUGGCAAAACGGCCCUGUCAAAGUACUAACCUAAAAAUAAUUGAGAAUCUGCUGCAGAAUUUGAAAAAGAAUGUUUAUAAACACUCUCCAUCCAACUUGACUUUACUUAGCUAUUUUGGGGGGAAAAAAUGGGUAAAAGUAUCAAUUUGUUAAUGUGCAAAGCUCAUUUUUCAGACUCCUAUUUCUGAAACAACUUAUUUUACUUCUGUGUGUCAACUAGAUUACUUAACUACGUCGCCGAAAGUGACAAAAUGUGUGAAAAAGUUUAUUCGGGGGUAUGAAUGCUUUUGUAAAAUUAUCCAUAAUGUUUUGUUGUAUUGUGAUAUUACACUGUGUGCAUGGUAGAAAAUGUGUAGUAAUGUUGCGCCUGUGGGUGGCAGUGUUGUCACACUUUAUACAUUUAUCUCUCGGAAGCAUGUGCUGUAACUGUGUGUUGUAGCUUUAUAAAUUAAUUUUGACAGAAGCAUGACAGAGUUUGCUCAUUCGUACCAAGAAAAUGUCCCAAUAGCAGGAUAAUAUGUCUAGCAGUCAUAGCCUGAUGUCACGGUAUAGGUCUCCAGUGUGGGAAGCUUGUCAUCUGGUGGCCACUGCAGUGCUUAGCAGGAUGACAUGUUUAAUAAGGUCUCAGCAGAGUUUCUGCACACACACACCCCUGUCAGGUGUGUGACGGGCAGGAGGUUCUCUGGACUCCCACUGGACUCACUCCUGUCUGAGAAGGCCACCAGUAAGACAGGAAACAUUGCUUUCUGCUGAGCAAAUGCCAGCUGUGCUGACAGGCUGCUCCUUUAAUCUGUCUGCCUUGCUUUGUGUUAGUUUGAGACCGUUCCUUGCAGCUGUUUCUGCUACUGUGUGUGUCUCCUUGUAUUUGAGGCAUUGUAAGGAGUAUUUUCCUAACAUUUGUACCAUGUUGUGUGACUCAGAGCUUGAUUCCCAUAAGAAGAAGUAUUGUUUUGGGGCUUUUAGGUUAGUUUUAGUAUGGUUAGAAGAGACAAUCAUGCUGAAAACAUCUUCCUACACGGACUCACAAUCAAGCUGUGGGAAUGUUAGUUUCUCAGCAGCUAUGAGGAAGUAGCUGUAGAGGUUAUUAUAAGAUGGAGUAAAAUAAACAACAUCUUAGAAGGAAAACUUGUUUGAGGUGCCAAAAGAUUUGAAACAGGUGAAGAGAAUCAGGACACAAACCUGAAAUGUAUAAUUAGAGCUAAGCUGCAGCAGUUUAGAUCAAAGACAUUUCAGAAUGGAUCUAUCAAUAUAAUAAUCUAAACCCAGUUGAUAAUGUAUGGCGAUUGCUGGAACUUGGUUUGUUGUUGGGAGUUUGUAGGUUCUCGCCUUACAUAGGCCUUACAUAGGCCGUAGAUUAGCUGUUUCCCUGUGCAGCAGCUGAGGAGUUCAUUAUAAAUUCAGAACUGGCUUGUAUUAGGAAGAAGAGGUGCAGGUAGCCUUUCUUUUCUAAGGAUAUCUUGUCAUAUAUGUGUGCAUAUGUUACAAUACAGUACACAUUGUUAAAAAAAAAAUCAGACCAAUGUUUGAGUGUGUGCUGAAGACAGUUCUUUUAUCUGAUUAUUCAUAAAGAGGUUAGCUGUUAGCUGUUUUUGAGCUUAUUGUUUCUAAAGCUAAAAUAUAAAUAGUGUAUGUUGUUUCAUAUCGAAACUAAAGUAUUAGACCUUCAACUAGGAAUCUUAACAAAAAGGUUAAGUGAAACACUGAUUCAUUAUUCCAAUUCCAUUAUUGUCCAAUUUAGCAGAAGUGGAAAAAAAAACCUGUACUCUACAUGUUCUUUUCAAGAUGUUGUAAUAAGUGAAGUUUUUUUCCCCGUUAAAACUUGAACAACCAACACGAGUUUUUUAGCCAACUCUUGUUUUAAGAUACAGCAUAUUUUAACAUCCUCUAACAACCCAAGUCAUCAAUGACUUUAGAGAAAACAUACAACACUUAAAAGAUCCCAUCUGUCACUUCUCUCCACAUUUCCAAUCCGAGCAGAGCUGUGGUUGGAGUCGGUGAUUUUCUCCCAGACAAGACAGCACAGAGACACACACAAGUCAAACACCUCAGGUAAAUUCAAGGAUUCAAGGAAUUCAGAUAAAUGUUUAUUGGCCAAGAGACCUAGCUGCCAUGUUUUUGGAUUCAGAGAGGAAGUUAUGUAUCUGGAGAGAACAAACAAAUGCAGUAUUACACCAUACAAUCUCCACACUAGGAGGGACCAACCAGGAUUUCAACCUUGUAACCGCACCACGCUACUGUCCCUCAUAUCUUCUUACUCUUCUCCUUAAAGACAGAUUUUAAAUGGAUGUGGAAAUAUAUUUGCCCCCCUUGUGAAAUAAAGAAUUAACUAAGAUUAAGAAUAUUUUUUGGUUAAAAUUUAGCAGCCAGUUUCUCCACUAAUGUCUGAAUUGAAAUGUUUAAGCAUUUCAGGACUGAAACUGUUGGGUUUCAUUCAGCCUGACGGGGAAUAUUGAAUCAAAUUUUAAUGGUCUGUGACUCUGGUAUACCGGCCAUUAACUCCAGGCUACUGUAAUCUGUCAGCAAAGCUCUUCUGCCGUAAAACCAGUAACUACUAAAAACAGUUUGGUCCGCUGCUAUACAAACAUUGUGUGAGCCUCUAUAGAGGUGCAAGAGAUUUGAAAACAUAGUGAUUCAGUAAAAUCAUCAGAGAAUGUGUUCUAUAAAAACAACAAAUGCUUUGUUUCUAUUUUAGUGUGAAAUUAAUGACUAUAGUUUAACAGUAAAUAGUAAAAGAUUGGACAGAGGGAUGAGCCUUCUCUGAGAGAAGUGUCUGCCUCAUACCACAACAUCAUAUGUGUUUCUACAUCUAAUAAAUCCCAUCUCAAAUCUG